AAGCAAGUGCAUAGGAGUCUCCUUCUGGAUAUGUAUGCCUCUUUAGUUGCUUCUUGGUUGAUUGUUCACGUCUCCCAGCGUUUUUCCGAUUUCAACAGUCAUCAUCAUCAUCAACAUCAAAUUCCAAUAGUAUUUCAAGUCGUAAGAAGAAAUGAUACAAGAUAUCCGCUUGAUCCCGACGAUCCCGUUCGCCGGCACCCACGGCCUACUACAUGCGCUCCAGGUCCUGCUCCAGAUCCUCUUCGGCCUGUUCCUAGGUGCGAUGACGAUUCCGUCGCAAUCCUGGCCAGCACAAGUGUUCAGGCUCGGACUAUUAGUCUGGCUGGUUCCCAAGAUCCUGGACUACUCGACCAGCCGGAGCUACUCGUUCGGGAACAUGCUGGCCGACCAGCUCAUGCUCUCCUGCUUCGGCUGGAACCUGCUCACCAGACUCCUCGAACUUUCUCUCCUCCCGCUGAUUUCUCCCGCUCCGCCGCGUUGGAUUCGGCCGACCAAGGAGGAACUCGCCCGGGUCUUGAAACUCAGACAUCAGCCCGCAUCCAAUCAACAUCCUCAUAAGCUCGACCAGGCCUCCGAGGAAUUGAUCCCCACAAGCUGGGAGCCCGUCCCCUUCCCGGCCCCAUUUUCGCUAGACCGGGUUCUCUACGCAUACGAUUAUCUGAUGCUGAUCCGACCGAGUACGUCGGACCUCCUACCGUGGCAAUUCCGGGCCUUCGACUGGUCUCUUCCCGCGAUGAGCGCCGGCGGGGUGGCCGGUCGUCGGUUUGGGAAGCCCGAGACUGGCCCGAGGCUUGCGCUCGUUUAUCUGUUUGUCUAUCUGGUCUGCUUCGUUUACGUCGACAAUGUGGCGAUCCGUCACAUCGGCCAGAUCACAGUCGCCGAGCUGGGUCUUGCCCAUCAGCUCCUUCUGACUAUCAGCGCGGGAUGUCUGAUCAGCUUAUCGGCCGGGCCCUCCGAAGCUUUCAUAUUCCCGCUGCUCCUCUCCCGCAGGAUUCUCCCGCCUACCGCUCUCCUCGCUAGCUUCAACCAACCCUACCUUGCCUCCAGCAUCCAGGACUUUUGGGGAAACCGAUGGCACCACAGGGUCCGUCGACAACUCACACGACUCGGCUCUCUUUUCCCACUCGGCGGCACGAGGACCGGGAACGCCUUCUGGGCAUACGUCCUCAGCGCGAUGCUCCACUCCUUCAUCAUCUGUCGCUCCAAGCCGGAGCCCAGUCUGUCGGAUCCGACGAGCUAUGUGGCCCUCUUCUUCGACCGCCCCACCGUCAUCUUCUUCGUCUCACAAGGCCUCGCCAUGAUUGUUGAGCGUCACCUCGUCCCUCCUGACCUACGUCGGCUCUGGCUCUGGUUCACCAUCAUCUUCGCCGGGCGUUGGUACAUCGACGGGAUCCUAAAUAGCUACCUUCCUCCCCCACCUCCAACUCAUUAAACCUUGAAUAUCACCCCAUCGGAUCCAAAAUCCUUCUUCCCAAUCUUCAUCUGUCAUAUCUUGUCUCCAAAAAAUCAUCUCCAUUCAUUCAAAAAACAGAAGCACAUCCCACAUCAUUUCACACCUUUUCUUGGCCGCUUAUUGGAUUAGUUACAGCACAUAUUUUUUUCCUUUUCUUUUUCCUUUUUUUUUGUGUAU